GCAUUCGUUGCGAGAGGCCUCUUCCGUUUUGUCGCCUUCCUGCGUAGCCGAGCCAUGCGUCCCGCCGGUGAUGAGAAAACGAGGCGAAAGAGCGCGGAGUCCACGCAAGCGACGCGGAAGCGGAAACGAGCGAGUUCCGAGACUGCGACAACCGAGGACUCGCCCGAGGAGUUCAACCUCAAGGAGCUGUCGAAGAAGCAAAUUCUACAGUGCAUUUCUGCGAUUUUUCACCUGACUCAAGAACAGUUGAAGGAGACGAACAAUCUUCUCGCCGAGGAGGCUCAGCCGAUAUUCGUACAAGUGACCAGCGUCAAAGUCCCACAGAUGCCUCGCAGACAGAUGAGGAUAUUGUUGCCGUACUCAAUAGUGGCUCCAGACGACGAAGUAGCUUUGCUUGUUUGCGACUUGCAGAGAGGAAGAAAAAAGGAUUACGAGCCAACGGUGGAGUACUACAGAGAUCUGCUGCAAAAGCAUGGAUGCACUUGCGUGAACGAAAUAAUACCUAUGAAUCGCAUCAAGACCGAGUUCGAUCAAUUCGAAUUGAAGAAGAAACUCCUUGCCAGCUACGAUCACUUUCUCGUCGACGGUCGCAUCGCUGGCCACAUGUCUCACUUGUUAGGGAAACACUUCACCAAGAAAAGGAAGCUACCGACCUCGAUCAAGAUUGAGAGCAAGGACUUGAAGCACGAGAUCGACUACGCAUUGAGGAAGACCAGUAUGCUGCUUCAUUCUCACGGCGAUACUCAUAUGAUGCAAAUCGGGAACACGUCCAUGGACAAGAAGCAUAUCCUGAAAAAUAUAUUGGCUGCCUGCAAGAAACUAUCCAAAAACUAUCCGGGCGGUUGGGCAAACAUACGAGCUCUCCGACUGAAGGGCACAACCACUCUGGCACUGCCUUUCUACAUGACGUUAAAGGAUAAAAACACGGUCGAUCAACGUAAAAUCAAGAUACAGCCGAAGAGACCGAAAGCUUACCGCGAUGUGGAGGGAGAGCUUUCGACAUUAUCAUACGACGCUACGGUCACAGUUAAACCCGAAGGCACAGUAAUUAUCAAAAAACAUGAUAAGAAAGUCACAAAGAAAACAGCUAAAAAUUUAAAGAACGCGAAAACUAUUACCUUGAAAUCUAGUAAGAAAAGUGAUCGUGCAAAAACUUUAAAUACAUAAUAUUGUAUAAUAUAAAUUUCAUAUUGAUUUCAUUAAUAUUAAUUGAAUGAAAAUUAAAUUUACACACUAUUGUAUAUUUCAAAAGUAUUCGUGAUUACUUUUUUACAAGCUUUCAAAGUAACAAGAGUUCACGUAAAUUAAAUCUCGCGCGCGGUUCUAGCUACGCUUGACGCGAGACACAGUGUCUGGUGAUGUAUUACGUUUUCGUCACAUUCGUAAUGCGAACGAGGGAGAUCACUGUUUUUUCGAUAUAAAAUAUUAAAUUAAUAUAUAUUUCAAAAGUAUUUGUGAUUAUUUUUUCCUAAAUUUCAAAGUAGUAGCAGAGUUUUCACGGUCCUUCAAUUUUCAGCCUUUUUUUUACUUGAUUACCUUUUGAACAGGAUAUUAUUUCUUGGGUACCGUUAUCUGACAAAUAAAGGCAAUUUUUUGCUUAACAAAUAA